AUGGGAGAACUCAACUUUGCGAAUUUCAACUUUAAAGAUUACUUUGAAGACUAUAAUGACAGUUACAGCACAGGUAUGCCCGAUUUUGGACCAGAUGCAAGCCCAUGCCAGCCAGGAGCACUUCAAAUCAAUAAGAAUGCUGUGAUCACCAUCUAUGCCCUGGUGUUUCUGCUGAGCCUGCUGGGAAAUUCUCUGGUGAUGCUGGUCAUCAUACACAACCGGGUCAGCUCCUCUGUCACAGAUAUCUACCUGCUGAACCUGGCCAUGGCUGACCUGCUCUUUGCCCUGACGCUGCCCAUUUGGGCUGCUUCCAAGAAGAACGGCUGGACUUUUGGCACACCCCUAUGCAAGGCGGCCUCACUCGUGAGGGAAGUCAACUUCUACAGUGGGAUCCUACUACUGGCCUGCAUCAGUAUGGACCGCUACCUGGCCAUUGUCCACGCCACACGCACACUGAUCCAGAAGCGCCACUUGGUCAAGUUCAUCUGUCUGGCCAUCUGGACACUGUCCCUGAUUCUGUCCUUGCCCGUGGUCCUCUUCCGCAAGACCGUCCACCCAUAUUCAUCCAGCCCAGUCUGCUAUGAGGACAUGGGUAACAAUACAACAGAGGGGAGGCUGGUGCUCCGGUUCCUGAUCCACAUCGUUGGCUUCAUGCUACCACUGCUGGUCAUGCUGUUCUGCUACGGAUUCACCCUGUGCACACUGUAUAAGGCCCACAUGGGGCAGAAGCACAGGGCCAUGAGGGUCAUCUUUGCCGUGGUCCUCAUCUUCCUGCUCUGCUGGCUGCCCUACAACCUGGCUCUACUCACAGAUACCCUCAUGAGGAUUGGGGUGAUUCAAGAGACCUGUGCACGUCGACAGGACAUUGACCAUGCUCUGGUAGUCACUGAGAUUCUAGGCUUCCUCCACAGCUGCCUCAACCCCAUCAUCUAUGCUUUCAUUGGUCAAAAGUUUCGACACAAACUCCUCAGGAUCAUGGCCAAUCAUGGCCUGAUCAGCAAGGACUUCUUGGCCAAGGAUGGGAGGCCUUCAUUUGUUGCUUCCUCUUCUGGGAACACUUCUACAACCUUCUAG